AUGUGGGGCCUCGACUAUGCCGACUAUGCCCAAGUGACUCAGCUCAACUGGUUUGGCGGGGCUGAGCUCUUUCGUCGUCGUCGCAAGCUUGUCUUUGGAGGCUGCAGUCGUUGCGACAUUGCUCCGGGGGCAGAAGAAACAUCUGCGCCUUCUCUCGAACCGCUUGGUGGUAACUUGCAACCAGCAUUUUAUCAUGGUAUGACGCCUUUGCGCUGUGCUCCUCCCGAGUCCUCCGUUGCCUUGAGAUCAAGGCCUGCUGAUGCAAUUCACCCCGCUUCAAAGGCCUCCGAAUCGAGAUUGUACACCUUUUCCGGUGAAACCAAGGAACACCUGCGCAAGUUCCGACUGACCACAUCGAGAGCCAAGGAUCCACAGGCUGUUAUCUAUAUGAUUGAUAAGAACACACACGAGAUCCGACAAGCCCUCGACGACUACGACGAAGCCCGAGUCUACAAGUCUCUCAAGGAGGUUGCUGAGGAUUUGCCGGAUCACACGCCACGGUUUGUUCUGCUCAGCUACCCCAUCACAACGUCCGACGGGCGACUCUCAGUACCCUACGUGCUGCUAUACUACCUUCCAAUAACCUGCAAUGCCGAGGUGAGAAUGCUGUACGCCGGCGCAAAGGAGUUGAUGCGAAGCACGAGCGAGGCGGGCAGCGUCAUUGAUAUCGAGUCGGUGGAGGACCUCGAAGAGAUUCCCGAAAAGCUGGCUAGCAAAUAG